AUAUGGAGGUUAUGUACAGGCAAGAUGAAUUCUGACACAGACCAGGCCGUGGACUUGCUGAAUAAUGGUUCCGCGGGACUCUAUGCAGAACUGCUUUCACAAGUGCCAUCCAACGUCUCCAACUCGACCAGAGCAGCAAACGGGACCGAAGUGAGCUCUUUCAGCCUUGCUCGUGCAGUGCCACUGGGCAUGGUUUUGGGCGCUUUCAUUGUGUUUGCAAUCGUGGGCAACAUUCUCGUCAUCCUCUCUGUUGUGUGCAACAGGCACCUGCGCAUCCCAACCAACUACUUCAUUAUCAAUUUAGCCAUGGCAGACCUGUUGCUGGGCACAACCGUCCUGCCAGUGUCCGCCACACUUGAAAUUCUCAACUAUUGGGUUUUCGGGAGGAUUUUCUGCGACAUCUGGGCUGCGGUGGAUGUCCUCUGUUGCACUGCGUCCAUCAUGAGCUUGUGCGUCAUUUCCAUUGACCGCUACAUUGGGGUGCGUUACCCUUUGCAGUACCCAAGUAUUGUGACAGAGAAACGGGCGCUCCUGGCCAUGCUAGGCGUUUGGGUCCUUGCCAUUGUCAUAUCCAUAGGACCAUUACUCGGGUGGAAAGAGCCACCUUCAGAGGAUAACACCGUGUGCCUCAUCACAGAGGAGCCGUUUUACGCUCUCUUUUCCUCACUUGGCUCCUUCUAUAUCCCGUUGGCGGUGAUUCUGGCCAUGUACUGCCGCGUGUAUGUGGUUGCUAAGAGAACCACCAGAAAUCUUGAGGUUGGAGUGAUGAAAGAGCGCAUGGACUCCAGUGAACUGACUCUCCGGAUUCAUUAUAAAGGCUCUUCUCAUACGCAGGAGGACUGCAAAGGCCACACGAGGAGCUCUCUGACACUGAAACUACUGAAGUUUUCCAGAGAAAAGAAAGCGGCCAAAACUCUUGGGGUUGUUGUUGGCAUGUUCAUCCUGUGCUGGUUACCGUUUUUCCUCGCUCUACCCAUUGGGUCCUUUAAUGCCAGUUUACGUCCUCCAGAGACAUUCUUCAAAGUGAUCUUCUGGCUGGGCUACUUCAACAGCUGCCUGAACCCCAUAAUUUACCCCUGCUACAGCCGUGAGUUCAAGCAGGCCUUCAUUCGCAUCUUGCGGUGCCAGUGUCAGCAGAGAAAACAACAAAGGUGGAGGAUGCACAACUACCGUGCACAAAACGGCUCCGCAAACCAUGCCUAUGCAGACACCAACUCCAUUUGCAUGAAUGGCAGUCAGCAGACCCUGGCCUCAAUACAGCCCAGCCCAAAGUUCUUAAGGAGGGGUGUAGACUCUUGUCCAGCAUCACGCCUUCUUCCAGGCUGGGGCCCCUGCACCUCCUCUUCCUCCUUAUCUGGGAGCCCCAUCCCUGGUAUGAUUAAGGCCAGGUCUGAAGCGAUGAGCCAGAGUCCCUGCAAACCCAGCAGGAUGGCAUUGCUGUUACCUAGUGGGCCCCAUGCCAAAGGACCUCAGCAUGCCAAUGGACAGAAUGGGAAGGGAGAGGCAGAGUAUGGGACAAAAUCCAGGCCCACACCUGAGACUACAAUGUAGUAAACAUUGACUUUCAUGCCAGUGAUUUCCCUAUUUUUAGUUCUUUCUGGAUAGCUCUGAUUUAUUAUUGUGGAUAUAAACUACAAAGGGGGGCAUCUUAUGCAUGUGUGCAUUGUGAUUUUGAGAGUUGUUGUAGCUAUUGGUAUUAAACAGAUGUGGUGGAAAUCUCAGUGCUUUCAAACCCUCUAUGUGUAUUAUGUGUACAUAAUGUUGUACAUUUGUACAUUAUGAAGAUUGUGAAGUUUAUAAGUCUUUGCUAGCUGGGUGCACAGAUACUGUAGUAACCUUUUCAUGAAUAAAUUGAUGAACU